GCUCCAGCAGCAGGUUCCCCCAGCCACCAUUCCGGGCCCCCUGGCCGACCCGGGGAAACGCAGACUGAUCCGGGAGCAGCUGUUGCUCCUACUGCAUGCCCGCAUGUGCCAGCAACGCAAGCAGACCAACAGGGAGGAGUGGUCAUGCUCCAGGCCCCAGUGCCGCACCAUGAGGAAGGUCCUGAAGCACAUGGAUAACUGCCAGGCUGGCAUGACCUGCCAGGUGAAGCACUGCACUUCCUCCUGCCAGAUCAUCUCACACUGGAAGAACUGCAUGCAGGAUGACUGUCCCGUCUGCAUGCCGUCUAAUAACAUGAACAACGAUACUGACUCGGGGAAACUAGAGCUGAUCCAGGUGUUGCUGUUGCUCCUACUGCACGCCCAGGAGUGCCAGCAGCGUGAACAGGCCAACGGGGAGGAGUGGUCAUGCUCCAGGCCCCAGUGCUGCAGCAUGAGGAAGGUCCUAAAGCAUAUGACCCAGUGCCAGUCCGGCAUGACCUGCCAGGAGUAUCUCUGUGCUUUAGCCUGCCAGCUCAUCUCUCACUGGGAGACCUGCACACAGGACGACUGUCUGACUGUCCACUUUUAAUCAUGAUGAAUAACAUGAACGACAAAAGGAGCAACAGUGGAUCACAUGACAAUCAGGAGAUGGAGGCAUCAUCACCUGCUGAUCACAAUGAACCAAAGACAGAGGAGGUAUUACUGGCAAGGGCGUAACUUUGGCUGGAACAUUGGGGGGGUCGAGGUCUCCACCCAUUACGGGGGAAACAUGAUUAUUGGGGGGGUUAUAUUGGCUGGAUCUGAUUAUUGGGGGGGUCAUGACCCCGCUAACCCCCCUGGAAAUUACGCCUAUGAUUACUGGGAGAGAAGAACACAGAAGCCUGAAGGAUCUAUAGUGUUUAAUUUGGUAUGUUUGCCUACGGUCCCAAGUUUGAUACUGUAGAUCCUGUUGGAUCAACAAGAUAGCUGUGUUAGCAGUCACCAGUUUAUGGGUGAUCAGUUCAUUUUAUCCGAUGAGUUGAGGGACUUUGCUGGCCAGUAGGGUUGGGUGAUGUCUUCCUAACUGGCAUAUGACGAUGUCUACAGUGAAACAUUCUGAUGGACAUUGGGGUGCUGGGGGGUUGGGGGGGGCGGUUGGGUCAUGGGAUAAGGUUCUGUACAUUUUUACAUAGGCCCACAUCCUUUUGCAUUUUUAAUGACUAUUCAUACACUCAUUAAGUACUUAACUACACUAUGAAUGUAUUACUAUUUCUAUUUUUUACCCAUUCACAGCCCAUCCUCCCCGGUCUUUCCUUACUCUUCCUCAGUAUAUUCUGCCUUGAGUGUCACAUUGUGUAGUUCAGUACUUAAACUUGUUGAGUGUGGACAUGAAUGCACAUAUGCACCCACAAAAGUACAAGAAGUAUGAGAUUUGACACUCACGGCUAUGCUCACUAGUCAUAGUGAUGGAGUCAUGGCGUUCAUAGACUUUUGAACAUUUUUGUAUUGUUUUGUUAGAUAAUUUCAUAAUUUGUCUUGCCUUUUUUUGCACAGUAAAAACCUAAAUGUGGUGUUAAAUGAGCUGUUUUGAUUGUAAAAUGUAAAUCCAGAGUUUUGCCUGUAAAAUGUGCUCUUGUUAUGUUUUCCUAAAUAAAGAUGUUAUCGGAAACAA